UCAUGAAAGAGAGCUCUACAUUUCCAUCCAAAAGAAUCAAAGCUUCUCUGAAAUGGCCUCGGAUCAUGUUCUCAUAGUCCUGAUAACAUUCUUUCUCCUAUUGAACUUAAGCUCUGGUGCUCUCACAGUUCAGUUUUACAGGCAUUCGUGCCCUCAAACUGAGACAAUAGUGAGAACAAUAGUGACGCAGCAUUUCACGAGCGAUCCAUCGAUCCCAGCUGGCUUGCUUCGCCUGCAUUUCCAUGACUGCUUCAUCAGAGGGUGUGAUGCUUCUGUUCUAAUAGACAGCAGAGGCGGUCACGCCGCAGAGAAAGAAGCACCGCCCAAUCUGACACUUAGAGGAUUCGAAAUAAUCGAUGAAAUCAAAAGCGAGUUGGAGAAGCAAUGCAAAGGGAUUGUUUCAUGCGCAGAUAUAUUGGCGCUGGCAACAAGAGAUGGAGUGGCAUUAGCAGGAGGGAACUUUUAUGCUCUCCCUACAGGGAGGAGAGAUGGGACUAUUUCUAACAUUGAAGAUGUGCACCUGCCUGGCCCCUCUUUCUCUGUUGAUGCUGCUCUAACGGCUUUUACAUCCAUCAACAUGGACUUGUCUGAUCUCACCACUCUACUUGGCGCACACAGUAUUGGGUUUUGCCACUGUGGCUUCUUCAACGAACGACUGUACAAUUUCAUGGGCACCGGCUUCCCUGAUUCUACGAUGGAUUUCAGUGUGGCCCAAAGCCUAAGAAGUACUUGCCCCCAGCCCUUGCAGCAAAUCACCAAUACAAGUGCAGACCCAAGAAUUUUCAUGGAUCAAAGCACCAAUUCCCCUUUCUCUCUUGACAACUCGUUCUAUCAUGGUGUGCUUAGUGGAAGAUCAGUUCUGCAACUUGAUCAAGAGCUCGCCUACACUGAUGUUACGAGUACAAUGGCUCUAAAUUUUUCAAGAAACAAAACUCUUUUUUUGCAGAGAUUCUCAAAGGCCAUGAUUAAAUUAGGAAAUGUUGGAGUUUUAACAGGUCUUCAAGGUGAGAUUCGACAAAACUGUCGAGCAAUCAAUAUGGGGAAGUGAAAUUCUCAAAUGUAAACUGAAACCCAAUUCAC